AGAAAAUGAAGGGAGAGCUUCAUUCAUCCAACAAUGAACAUGACCAGUCAGCUGUUCGGGAGACCAACGUGACUGGAGGCGUUGACAGAUAGACAAGCAGACCGAAACUUUGGUCUCGAAUAAUGGUGCACAGGCAGCAUGAAAUUCCUGUCUUACCGGCGGAUCAAAACAGGGUGGCAACAGUUAAUAAUUGUGUUGAUGUUUUGUUACAUCUGGAAAAAGUGAUAGAUAGCGUAUUUAAUUCCACCAUCACUCGACUUAAUGAAACAUCAAAGACCUUAGAAGAUCUGAAACAGCGGGCAGCAAAUGCACAGGCAAAAGUGGAAAAAUUGACAGGUGUUACUAAAGCUACUCAAGUAUUUUCAUGUGCCCAGUUUCCUGGUGGGGAAAAGUAUGAGCCAUAUGUUCCUCUACAGAGCAACACUACACCCAUACCUUUUACUGCAACACCUGUGAAGCUGAAAGAUGGCAUUUCCAUUAGUCCAGCAGCACUUCAAGAAAAGUUGCAGUUUUAUCAUGUACGUGAACGCCAAGGAGCUGCUAACAAAGGACGAGGGCUAGAGGAAGCAAGCCAGGCAGAUGGUCUAGGAAGAUUACCUCCUCAUCUUUCAUCUGUCUCUUCCUUGCUGCUAUAUAACACAACUCAUAACCCCUAUAAGAAGUAUAUGGUGUUGGAUCCCCUUGGUGUAGUAUCUGGAACUCGUGGUGAGGAAGCAAGAAGUAGGUCAGACACUGCUAAUUCUGGCCCCACUUUGCAUGAUGCUCCUACAACUCUUCAGGAGGGUGACCAUCUUGGGAUAGUCAAAAAGGAUGAAUACCAGUAUCUGCCAGAUUUAUCAGAUUUACCAGAUUUGGAUCUCCCAAUGGAACUUCCAUCUCUGCCAGGAAUUGCUAAUGAUCUCCUUUAUAGUGCUGAUAUUGGGCCAACCAUUGCUCCAUCCUUUGGAAUGCCAGACCUUCCAACAUUUUCAUUGGAUUCCUCUGAUGCAGCAUCAGCCGAAUCACCUUCACAAGAAUCUGUUCCACCACCCCCUCCUCCAGCAAAUAUGACUGUUCCUCCAUCUUCAGGCAUAUCAAAUAUCCCUCCUCCUCCUCCUCCUCUAGCCCUUAAUAAUUCAAGUGUUACAGCAGUACCUCCACCACCGCCACCACCUCCCCCUCCUCCCCUUGGCGAUGCACCCCCUCCUCCUCCAACACCUCCUCCCCCACCUCCUGCUCCCCUUCCAGCACAAUCAACUGAAGAUUGUGGAGAAAAGCAGGAUGCUCCAAAGGGUCUACCUGCUGCAGUAACAUCAGAUGCACGUAGCGAUUUAAUGAAAGCAAUUCAGGCAGCCGGAGGGGCAGGCAAAGCCAAGCUUAAGAGUAGUAAGGAUCGUAAGAAAGAUUCCAAGAAAGAGACUGCAUCUGCACCUCCUGCUGGUGAUUUGAUGAGUGAUUUGUUCAACAGACUUUCACAAAGACGCAAAGGCAUAUCUGGUGUACAGAAGGAUAGUAAAGAUGCUGUUGACUCAAAGCUACCCGAAAAUAGUGGAGGUAUGACAACAAUGGAGAAAAUGUCCGCCUUGAUACCUCCACCACCUGUUGCAACUGAUGCUUCAGAAAAAGAUCAUGGCAGUGAUGAUGACUGGGAUUAAUGUGAACUUGCCAGUGUUGGUUUUAAGUAUCAGAUAUUUUGAAUUUUGAUGUGAUAGACAUUACUUGUCCUUACAUAUUUUUAUGUCUGUCGGUGCAAAGAUCAUUUUUAAUAGCAAGGAAUAUGUAAAAAGACAGUUGUCUUUGGAUAAAAAUGAACUUUUGAUUGAAACUAGUUAGUACAUGGUUACUUUCAAUAGUUCAGAAAUUUUAACUGGAACAUUUACAUUUUAUUGUAUUAACUAACCUUCAGUGACAAUUAUGCAGUAUGAGAAAUUUUACAUGAAACUAAAACAUGAAAAUUUUGUUUGUUCUUACGGUAUUUUUCAGUGUGAGCUGGAAACUUCAUGAAACUUGGUAAAGAGGUAGUUAACCAGAUGUAUCAAAAGAGCAAGUUGGCAUUUUUCUUGCAUCUGCUGUGAGAGACAGACAUGCUGCUGUGCUUCUCUUGUUGACUGGUUGAAAGGGUUGGACUACAACAGUAUUGUAGAAUUUUUCCAGUCUUGUGUUUAAACUCGUCUUUUAUUUUCAACUUAAGGGAUGUGAUCACAUACUGCGCUUCUUGCAGGGGGUAGGGCUUGCUCAAGGGCUUUCCCCUGCUAGAUAAGUGUACAUAUUAUGAAAUUAGCCUUGGUUUACUUUGGGAAGAGGCUAGGAACAAGAAGCAUUUGUUGGCUUCCUCAGGGAGGAAUACUCCCCCAGUGACACCAUCAAACCCAUUAGCUCCUUAACCCUCAUCUUCCAUUCCUCAUCACUCUUUUAGUGUUUUGCCUUCAAAGCACUGUUCCCCACUCCAGGGGUACCAGGAGGUUGCUGUCACCAAAUGACUAGCUCAGUUAGAAUGCAGCCUUCUCCCUCCUUAUCACACUGAAAGUGCAUGGGCUCACACUGAGAUAAGGCUGCAUGUUCUGGUCAUGAUCACAGGAAGGCAGGUGUGCUGUAGUAACACCCUUCUUGCUGACCUCCCAGGGUUGCACAGGGAUGGGUACGUGCAACCUGCUCACUCAGCUUUCAACUGUACCUCAAAUCACUCUCAUGUUAGUAGCUGGGUGGGGUCUUGAACUCAGCGUUCUUCAAAAGGCUCACAGAGGGAUCUUGCUCUGUCUGUGAUUGCUAGUAAUCCUUUUCAAGGGAAAGGUCCCCAGUAGCUUCUUUAGCCUCUUAUUCACACAGUUCACUUCAUGCACAGAGUAGAGCAGGAGCAGCAGUACGAGGGACUGUUCUUCCUCUUUGCUUUUAUUCUUGGUUGCAACUAGGUACGAGAGCAGAUGGGCAGCCCAAUCAAAAGCAGAAAGUGAUUCCGAGACUCGGGUGGGUCCAGUGUAUUCUCCCAUGUAACAGUCAUAUCUGGUUUCAGGACUGGGAAUACCCUAAGGAGCAGAGUUCUGGCAUGCCUCACUUGGCUGUAGAAAAGGUGACAUCAAGGUGCUUCACAUUGUCUACAACAGAGAUGGCUGCAUUACAUACAUUUAAAACAAGUCUUGUGGCUCGACUUAUGGUUGAACUUACCCAUAGUCUAUGCUGCUUCAGGAAUCUCGUUUAGGGACGAGAGGGCGGUGUAUUUGAGGUUGCUGGUGUUAGAAGGCAGAGGUCUUCCUGGUACACCAGAGUGCCAACCAGUGGACAAACUAGGUUCUGUAUAGUAGGGAUAUAAUUGUCUUUUCUCUCACCAAGUCUCGCAAGAGUAGCCUCGUUCUGGAAUAGUUCAGUGUUGGGCAUCCCUUUACUCUUUAGAUUGGAACAAUGGUAAAGUCCCAAAACACCCUUAUUACUCAUACUGUCUAUAAGCCUUCUGCAUCUAAAGCAGCUUUAGCCAAGUCUUUGGGUUUUCCAAAGCCAUCCACACUUGGGUUAGUGAGGAAGACCCCCAGCCAUCUAAGAAGUGCAGAGAAUCUUCUGUGCCAGAGAAUGUUGGUAAGGGGAAGAAGGAAGGUCAGAGGGUGGCAGUUGCCAUCUGCUGCCAUGAAUAGGGACAAGUCUCACCAUUGGGUCAUGUGGUAAAGAGCAGGGAGCAGAGCCCUGGAUAUCUGUCCUUCAGGACGAGUACUGGAUUCCAUUCAAGGACAUUUGUCCUCCUUCUUCAGUAUAGUAUAGAAUAUAGGCCAGAGGACAAGCACUGUGACCUGAGGUUAUUUAGUGCUGAAACGGAAAUUUAAUGUAAAAAGAAAAGGCGAAAUAGCAGGAAAACCUUGCAGUUGCACUUAAUUGUCAAAAGAAGGUGAAAAGUAGGAUGGAAGGAAAGAUUAUUUGAAGAGGUACAGCUAAUGGAACAAAAGGGGUUGUUGCUGGGAGCUGAAGGCAUGCUGCACAGGAUCUCAAGUAAUGCCUGCCUAGCAUUGCACAAGGUGCAUUGACGGUACCACCCGUCUGUGGUGUUCCCCCUUUUUAUAUACAGUGGGGCAUCGCUUAAUCGCAUAUCAGUAAUCACGGAAUCAGUCAUUCACGGGAUUUUUCUUGGACUGCUUCUCAUGCUAUAUCGCUGGUAUGAAUCGCAGCAUCGCGGGACAAACGUGUUACGUAUGCAAUGUUUAUCGGUAGGCCAAGCCUCGGCCACGGUCUGAUAAUCACCAACAUACAUGAAACUACUCACAUUAUGAUAUUAACUGACAAUAAUGGUAAUAAAACUAUUCUCACCUUAUAUAUUAUUGGCAUAUCUUCAUAAUAAAUAGCCUAUGUAAGGGUUAUGUAUGAAGUUCAUUGGUAGGCUAAACCUAGUUGCAGUGCAAUAACCAUAUCUCUGAGUUAAGUUGCAUUUGGUAACUAAAAACAGUGAUGAUAUUGGUAAAAUGACGUCAGUUGAUUAUUUUAAGAAUGUAAACAAAACAAGAAUGCAAAUGGUAGAUCGCUUGUUCAUAUCAUAAUACAGGCAGUCCCCGGGUUACGUUAAGGCGCUUCUCAGUUAUAUUCAUCAGACAUUUCCAGGGUUAUGACGCCUACAACCUACAACACUCAUCUGGCAUAUGAAACAUGACACCAAAAAUGCAAAAUAAUCAAUAAUUGAAGGUUUUUUUUAUGAAAAAUGCAAUAAGAAUGCAGUUCACAUAAUUUUCAAUGCACCCAAAGCAUUAAAAGUAAGGUUUUCUUAGGAUUUUUUAUGAUGUUCCGGCUUACAACGAUUUUCGGCUUACGACGCGUAUCAAGAACGGAACCCCCGUUGUAACCCAGGGACUGCCUGUACUAUAAUAUGCACUAAUAAUACAUGCAGUAUGAUUAGACACAGUAAAACAACAGUUUUAUUAAAAUGAUCAUUAUUCUCAGUACACAUAUGAUAUUCAACUUUUGUUAAUGGAUACCUGUUAAUGUUACAACCUAAUCAGGCAACAGUCUGUCUCUCUCUCUCUCUCUCUCUGAAACAGCUGAUUGCUGACGUCAUCUGCCAUAACUUUCGAACGUUUAUCGGGUUGUUGUUUGAGUUGUCACUGCCGAUAUUCAAUGGUGGCUUUCAAAGGUAAAAAUAAAACACAAUAAAACUCAUUCUUCAUGUAAUGGAGAUCUGAAGAAAGAAUUCUCUCUAUCUCUGCGACGAAGCGAAACAAAAUUCUCUCUCUCUCUCAUCGGUAAACGAAAUACGUAAAACCAUUCUUUACUUUAUAUAUUAUCGUCGUAUCUUCAUAAUAAAAAGGCUAUUCGUGGAAUAAUUUCAUAUCAGCGAUAAUCAACUUUUAUCUAUAUGAAGCCAGCCAGCUGACAAAAUGUACGUGCGCAAUAUGAACAAGAUAUUAACAUCAAAUUAUGGUAGCGUUCACAGCAAGAUUAUCUUUCGAGAUUGUAAUGGAGUAUAGUACAAGGCAUGGUAGUAAUAAUGUUUGGAAAUGACACCUCACGCGGUUGCCGCAAUAUUGGAUUUCAAAACUGCAUUGAAGACAUUUUACGAAGACCUCACAUGCUUAUUUUAGUUCGUAUGGCACUUUCAUAUAUCGCAUUAUGUUGACAAAACUUCAAUCUUUUGAAUGGUAUGCUUAAAGAUGUAAUUAUAUUCUUGUUUCACCAAUUAAAUAUGAGUGAAUAAGGCUGACCCACGCGAUGACGAUGGCUCCACUGCGGUGUUUCCCCCUAAUAGGCUACUUAUGUACAGUAGUACGUAUACUGCAUAUAUUUUUAAGGAUAAUGUUGUAAAAUAACAUUGAAACUCUUGAAAUUAGUUUUAGAUGAUAGUUGACGAUAUUUGGUGUUAGAACUAAAUUAGGCAGUUAUAAAUAUUGGAAUAGUGGUUUUGGGUGGGUUAACUAUUAAAAGUAGGCAGUUUUAAACAAUUAUUGAGGGGGGCUACCAGGAUAAAAUGGGUAUUUACUUAUCACAGGGGUUCUGGGCCUUAUCCCCCCCCCAAUUAUAGAGGCCUUACUGUACAUAAUUCGCCCGGCAUUCAAUUAUUGUUUGUAUGGUGUUUUAAUGUUGCAUGGACCAGUGGUUAUUCAAUAAAGGGGACCAACAGGAUUACGAGACUUCCAAACCAAUAGAAUGGCAGAAUAGAACUUGCGACCACGGAGGUGGGAUGCCAACACCAUACCAACCACGCCACUGAGGCGCUUAUGUAAUUAUAGAUACCCAUACAUCUAGUUAAUCAUGGUGGCCUUGAAUACACCAAAUUUACCGGACAGAGAUGUAGUCUUGGCUUACAAGGUGUCCAGAAGUAUCCUUCUAUAGCUGUGGUAUAAUCAGAUAGGCCAAUACCUCUUCCGAGGUUAGCUUCCUUUCCAUUUCAGGGCUUACAAAGUUGUGCGAGCUCUCCUUGCUUUUUGGUCCUCCAGGAAAUGAGGGCAUGAGAAGUUCUGUAGUUAUUAAAUUCUUUGUGGAUUAAAGUAAUACCAGUAGAUAUUUCAACUCUUAAAUCCAAGCCUUGUUGAAAUUCAGUAUAGGGACAGGAUUUCCUAUCCCUUGAAUCAGUAUAGAUGCUACAGACUAAGAUUGGUUCUCCCGUUUGUAUGGUGCUUUAUUUUUUUUUUUUUUACAUUGCAUGGAACCAGUGGGUUAUUCAGCAACGGCACCAAAGGAUUUACGCGAUUUCGGAACUAUGUCGAGAGUGAACUAUCACCAGAAAUAGAAAUCUCUCAGUGGAAUGGCCAAUAACCGAACCCGCGACCAGAGGUGGGAAGCUAUUAUCAUUCCAAAUACGCGACUGUGGCGCUUGGUUGGUUUUCCUUUGCAGGGAUUAUGCAUGCCUGUUUGAAAAGCAACCAGAUCAUCUUAUUUCUGCUGUGGCUUUCAAGAAAAGUGAAGGUGAUGGCUGUUGUGAAAAUUAAUAGUUUCAAGUUACUACCAGUUUUCAGUUCAUACUGAAGGGCAAGCUCAUAAAAAGGCCUAGCUUGCAUCUGUAGGAUAAGUACUACUGUAUGAAAAAGAAAUUAUCAGGGAAAAAUAUUCAGUUCCACCCUAGGUUCUCUUCAAUGGUACAGAUAUAUUUCUGCAGGUUACUAUAAAGUUUAAUUUUUAAUUAUUUUUUAGAUGAAAUGAAUUUCUGGUUAAAGGAAUAUACAAUAAAAUAUGCAUUUUGCAGUUAUCAGAUUUACAACAAAGUGGCAUAUAAAGGGUAAAUAAAUGUAUGGUUAUAGGAAUAUCCAAUAAUAUAUUUAAAACUAGUCAGAUACAAAUGAUGUUGGUUUGAGGAGAAAAAAAAAAAAAACCCUGUACAAAUAUCAACAAAAUAGGAAACUAAACCUAAGCCAUUCUUCUAAUGCACUCGAUUUCCACCUGCAGACAAAUGUUCACACUGGCCUCCUUAAAUCACUACCAAUCUGUAAUAAACAAUAAAACUAAUGAGACACCUUUACA